ACUCUAGUUCUUUGUCCUAUACGAUGAGAAGAAUCAACAGAAUCUAUGGAGUUGUUGACAUACAAAAUACUUUUUUCUCUGAAGUAGGCCUUGGGAUUUCAUUCAACAGCAUCCUCCUUCUCUUCCAUAUCCUUGAGUUUCUUCUUGAACACAGGCCCCGGACCACUGACCUGCUCAUCAGUCUCUUGGCCCUCAUCCACCUUGGGAUGCUAAUGAUGAUGGGGCUCACAGCUGCUGACAUUUUUGCAUCUCAGAAUACACGGGGUGACAUCACAUGUCAAUCCCUUGUCCACUUGCACAGCUAUUUGAGGGCCCUCUCUCUUUGUGCUACCUGCCUGCUGAGUGUCCUUCAGGCUGUCACCCUCAGCCCCAGAAGUUCCUGUUUGGCAAAGUUCAAAACUAAAUCCCCACAGUACAGCCUGUGUUCUCUUCUUGUGCUGUGAUUCUGCAUGUCCUGUGGUGCUCAUUUCUCAUUCUCCUCUGUUGCUGACUACAAUGUCACCUCACAAGGGCUCAUAUUUGUCACUGAAUGCUGCAUUAUUUUACCCAUGAGUUAUAUCAGCAGGCACUUAUUUUUCAUAUUGAGGAUAUUUCGGGAUGUGUCCUUUAUAGGUCUCAUGGUCCUCUCGACUUGCUACAUGAUGACCCUCCUGUGCAGGCACAAGAGGCAGUCUCAGCAUCUUCACAGCACCAGCCUUCCUCCAAAAGCAUCUCCAGAGGAAAGGGCCACCCGGACCAUCCUGCUGCUCAUGAGCUUCUUUGUGCUGAUGUCCUGUUUGGACUGCAUCAUAUCAGCCAGACCUAUGUACAGCAGGGACCCAAUCUGCCACAGUAUUCAGAUGAUGGUCUCCAAUAGCCAUGGCACCACCAGCCCUUUGCUGUUCAUUUGUACUGAAAACCGAAUUACUAACUUUUUGAAAUCCUUGGAAUUCGAGGGCAUAGGAAAUGCUAAACUGUUGAGGAACUUAAGGAACCAACAUGCUAGCUGCUGA